AUGCCUGACGAUGUAGAAGAUGGUAACAAUGCUCUUCUUCGGGGCGUUGUCCUCUGCAGCACAUCACUGUCGCAGGAUCUCAGAGUCAGUACCCACUAUACCAAGCCCUCGCCGCCUCUACUCACGCACUCUGCUCUACAGGACAAGCUCAAUGAUCUCGCGAGAAGCAUGGGUGCCGUUCACCGUCUCGACUUGACCGCCGACGUGACUCAUCUGAUAGUCGGCAACAUCGACACCCCCAAAUGCAGGCAUACCGCCAAAGAAAGACCCGACAUACACGUACUGAAGCCCGAAUGGAUACAUGCCAUCCGCAAAUCCUACAUGGAGGAUCAAGACAUUGACGUUGAUGCACUGAUCCAAGAACAUCGCCUGCCCGUCUUUUACAACUUGCACAUCUCUGUCACAGGCUUCGAAGACAGUAUGUAUGCUGCCAACGAACUCUUUCUACCAUACACUAACCCCAUACAUNNAGUCGAGGAAAGACAGCAUAUCAUCGAGAAGAUCAGAAGCAACGGCGCUCAUUAUCAUGGAGAUCUCACCAGAGAAGUCACCCAUCUGAUUGUCGCCAAACCGAAGGGCGCAAAGUACGAGCGUGCACAAUCUUGGACCAUCAAGACGACUUCUUUGAAAUGGCUUGAAGAAAGUCUUGACAGGGGUAUGGCUGUCGACGAGUCACUUUACCAUCCUUUAAUGCGUCUCGAAGAUCAAGGCCAAGGCGCCUUUGUACGUGGUUACCAGCGGCCUCCUGUCCUCGGAAAAAGACAGCGUGGAGAGUCUGUUAUCACACCAAAAGAAGAGAAUGGAAAGCGAAAGAUGCGACGCACUGCGAGUGCCAAGUUGGCAGAUCACAGCCAAAAUAUGAUGACCAGCUUCAUGUCGCACGGAGGUGAAGAAUCAUCCGAACUUGCCAAUGACCAGUGGACAGAGGCCCAACAUGUUGCAACACCAUCACGAAGUAUUACUCCUCCAAGCCGACCGAACGAUGCAUCUCGUCAUACUUCACGCGAAGGGGGCCCUGCGCCUCAUGAAGAGGAACCAGGUCUCUUCUCGGAUGUUUUGUGUCUUGUCCAUGGUCACGAUGAAAAGAAGAAUGGCGACUCAUGCCAACACAAGGUCCUGAUACUACCAAGCGAAUGGACAUCAACUAACAAGGGCUCGUUACCCGAGGUUCCUCCUGAAACAUGGCUUGUGACGGAAUGGUGGCUGGAAAGAUGUAUCAAGCAGAAGAUGAUUGUUGAUCCCGAUCAUGAUAUACUCUGUCAACCCCAUCUCAGCCUACCAAUCGAUGACUUCAAAGGUUUAACGAUAGCGACUUCUGGAAUGGGCCAUGACGUGCUACACAUCUCAAGAGUGGUCAGACUUGCAGGUGACACUUCAUUGCCGUGCAACGAUAAUGCGAUGCAACUGACGCUNCUGGCAGGCGCAUCAUACGACGAAAUGUUGGUACCAAGGACUUCUUUUCUGAUUGUUCCUGGUGCCGCAACAAACUCAGAGAAAAUCUCAUACGCUGCGAAGCAUAAGAUUCCUGUCGUUUCGGACACAUGGCUCUAUUCUAGUCUGCAACAUGUACGAAAGAUGCCACUGUCCGAUUAUGUGGUGGCUGGACAGUCCAAACAGAUUCUUGACCGCUCUUCUGCUCGGGAUUCAAGUGUUGCUCCUCCACAAGACAAGAGGUAG